AUGUUGAGAGGCGACAAUGGCUGGAAUUAUUCAAAUGCACUAACUUUGCUACAGUUUUCAGAAAGAAACAAAUACAAAUUAGAUUUUCAAUUAGGAAAUGAACCUAAUUCUUUUAAACAUGUUUUUAAUGUAUCCAUAUCGGGAACUGAAUUGGCUAAGGAUUUUAAUGUCUUGAGAAAACUUUUAAAUUCCUUUAAAUCUUAUAAAACAUCUUUAUUAAUAGGACCUGAUGUGACAAGACCAAAGCAUUUGGAAUAUUCAUCUUUAAAUUAUUUAAAGGAAUUUCUUUCUCACACAAAAAGUAUUAGUGCAGCAUCAUGGCAUCAAUAUUAUGUAAAUGGCAAAAAUACUUCUCUUGAUGAUUUUAUAAACCCUAAAAUUUUGAAUUAUUUACCUCAUCAAAUCAAUGAAAUAAAAAAAGUUGUUCGAUCAUUCUCAGAAGAUCUUCCAAUAUGGAUCAGUGAAACAAGUUCAGCCUAUGGAGGAGGUGCUCCUGGACUUUCAGAUAGAUUUGUAGCUGCAUUUAUGUGGUUGGACAAAUUAGGAAUUUCUGCCAAGUUAGGUAUGAAGGUUGUAAUUCGUCAGAGUUUGCUCGAUGGAAAUUAUGCUUUGAUUAAUAAAAAGUUUUUGCCAACUCCGGAUUUUUGGAUUUCAUAUUUUUACAAAAAUUUAGUCGGAAAUACCGUUCUCAAUAUAACAUAUGGAAGAAAUGAAGAAAAAGAAAAAGUCAAAUCAUUGAGAUUUUAUUGUCACUGUGUAUCUCCCAAAUUCAGGAAAUUAGGAAAAAUUGUUAUCUUCGGUAUGAAUCUAUCCAAUAAAACGGAAAAAAUUAUUUUAAUAUUGGGCAUGAAAAUUAAAUAUCCAAUUUAUUCUUUUCUCUUUACACCUGGAAAAAACAAUUUAACAUCGAAGUAA